AUGGCAACGAAGAAGGAUUCUCUCGAAUCUCCCCAAGCUGCCGCUUCCACCUAUCUUGCUCAUCAUCACGAAUUCGAACAAAAGAAACAACGAACUAAAUUGAGAGAUGAAGAAGAUUCUCCAAUCAUCGUCUGCACUACAAAGUCAAGUCAGGCGCCAGAGUCUUCUGCUUUUUCUGUUGUUGGGAUUCAAGACUCUCCGCAGCAAGCACAAGCAUCAAGCCCCACCACAAUGCCACGAAAUAAUUCAUCCUCCAAUCAACUCAAUGUCAAAUAUUUGACACAUUUGAAUACAAAGGAUUGGCAAGUGGAUUUUAAUAAGUUCGCAGUGGUUGAUACUUCGAAUAUCCAAAACAAGGAAUUGGUGGAAUUUUAUGAGAAACAAAAUGAAAUGGUUGAUGAAUAUGCAAAACUUUACAAAACAAAAUUAGAGAGUAGAAUGGAACAAAGCGAUGAGGAGAGUCAAAAUGAAGCAAAAACUUUUAAAAUUUCGAGUGAGGGAGACGAUUCCAUCAAGAAACGAAAUCCUCCACAACAAUUUGGAAAUGAAGAUCACAUGUUUGAAACAGAAGAAACAGUGUCACCUGCCAUGAAAAAAUUAGAAACUAUUUGCAUUCACAUGUCGUUUUGGGUGAAUGUGUGUUUGUUUUUGUUGAAAUGUUCGGCCAGUUUGUUGAGCGUUUCAUUGAGUGUCAUUACUUCUGCUAUUGAUUCUGCUUUGGAUUUGUUGAGUGGAUUAAUUAUUUAUAUCACUUCAAUUAUUCGAAAGAAGAAGAAUAAUAUUUAUCAGUAUCCAAUUGGAAGAAAUCGUUUGGAACCUCUUGGAUUUGUGAUUUUUGCGACAUGCAUGUGCACAGCAUCGUUACAAAUUAUUAAGGAAGGUUUGACACAAAUUGUGACUGGACUCAUUACAGGAGAACCCUAUCUCGUUCGUGACGACACUUCAGGAAAUUCCAAUGUUGAAUGGAUGUUCGGUAUUAUGAUUUCACAACGCGUCUCCACAAUCUUCUAUUACUAUGGUUUGGGAGUUUUGCUAUUGACCAUUACUGUUAAAUUUAUUCUCUUUUUAAUUUGUCGACAAGUGAAACACUCUCCUAGUGUGAUUGCCUACGCCUUUGAUCAUAGAAAUGAUGUCUUGUCGAACACUGUUCUCGUAAUUUCCGUGUUUCUAAGUAAGAUGUUGUGGUGGUUUGAUUCUUUGGGUGCCACCAUUUUGAGUAUUUACAUUAUUAAGAGUUGGAUUGAAGAAUCGAUGGAACACAUCACCAAACUGGUGGGACUCGCCGCUGACGCUGAAUAUCAUCAAAAACUCACCUUCCUUGCUCUCAAUCAUAGUCCUCUCAUCACCAAAGUCGACACAGUCCUCGCCUAUUAUAGUGGUUCUAAUAUUAUUGUUGAAAUUGAUGUUGUUCUACCUGAAAACACCCCUUUAAAGGAAAGUCACGACGUUGGAGAAUCGUUGCAAAAGAAAAUUGAAUCUUUACCUGAUGUGGAGCGUUGUUAUGUACACAUAGAUUAUGAACAUGAACAUACGAAAGAAUUUGAACAUGUCAUUAAGGAUGAAUAA